UUCGUCCUCCUCCUCCUUGUUUCCUUUCUUCCCAAUCUCUCGUGGUUCAAUCAAUUGGACCGGGUUGAGCUGGGUAUCGUCUUCGUCUUUCUCCUCGUCUUCGCCUCCAGGUCCCGCCGUCAUCAUGCUGUUCAAGUCGUCUCUCGUGGCCUUUCUGGCCCUGCGCGUCUUUGGCGCCGUCGCUCAGUCUGACGCCGAUUUCCUCGCCAACGAUGCCAGCCAGCCCCCCGCCUCGCUCAACGCCGACAUCAGGACCACGUUUCCCGACUCGGACAUUCUAGGCGUCAAGCUGGUCAACGGCCGCCCGACGACGGCCCUGAUCGAGGUGACCAACAAGGAGGACGCCGCCAUCCAGGUCGUCUUCGCCAACGGCGCGCUGUGGACCACCAAGGACCUGCCCGAGGACGCCCCGGCCUACCAGGGCAUCGUGCGCAACCUGACGGCCGUGCAGUACAGCCUCGAGAUUGAGCCCGGCGAGACCAAGUCGAUCCCGUACUCGUUCGCCCUCGACAUGAUGCCCCAGGACGUGCGCCUGCGCCUGCUGGCCGUCUUCACCAACGACAAGGGCGACAUCUUCCAGGUGCCCGCCUACGACGGCGAGACAUCCAUUGUCGAGGCCCCCACCAGCUUCCUCGAUCCUCAGAUCAUCUUCCUCUACCUCGUUCUCACGGCCGUCUUCGGAGGCACCCUCUUCUUCGUCUACAAGACCUGGAUCGAGGCGCUCUUCCCCCAGGCCAAGCGCCCUCGCACCGUCAAGAAGCCCGUCCAGAAGCCCAUUGACCCCGCCGAUGCCCUCUCCGGCUCCGAGUCCGCCGGCAAGUCGUACGACGAGAGCUGGAUCCCUGACCACCACAUCAACCGCCCCGUCGCCAAGCGCGUCAAGUCCAGCGCUAGCAAGAAGAAGGGCACUGAGUAA